GUAGGAAGUAGCAAAUAACUUUACAGCUGGCUAGCGAUUUAUACAGUGAAUGUGUUAAAAUAAUUGUUGGAUUGACCAAAAAAAAAAAAAUAACGUUCUCGUCAGCUAGCCUGCGUCAUUGGAUCAGCCAUGGGAAAGGGUGGUGGUACAUUUGAGAGGCUUCUUGAUAAAGCAACCAGUCAGCUGCUGCUGGAGACAGACUGGGAGUCCAUCCUGCAGAUCUGUGAUCUCAUUCGUCAAGGAGACACACAGGCGAAGUAUGCCAUCGGAGCCAUUAAGAAGAAGCUGAUGGAUAAGAACCCGCAUGUGGUCCUUUAUGGUCUUGAGGUGUUGGAGUCAGUAGUGAAGAACUGUGGUCAGACGGUCCAUGAUGAGGUGGCCUGUAAAACCACCAUGGAGGAGCUGAAGGAUCUACUGAAGACGGAGCCCAACGUGAGGAAUAAGAUCCUUUACCUGAUCCAGGCCUGGGCCCACGCCUUCCGCAACGAGCCCAAAUACAAGGUGGUUCAGGACACGUACCAGAUCAUGAAGGUGGAGGGUCACGUGUUUCCAGAGUUCAAGGAGAGUGACGCCAUGUUCGCUGCAGAGAGAGCUCCAGAUUGGGUGGAUGCGGAGGAGUGUCAUCGGUGCCGGGUUCAGUUUGGAGUGAUGACUAGGAAGCACCACUGCAGGGCCUGUGGUCAGAUCUUCUGUGGGAAGUGUUCCUCCAAGUACUCCACCAUCCCCAAGUUUGGCAUCGAGAAGGAAGUGCGUGUGUGUGAGCCCUGCCACGAGCUGCUCAACAACCACCCUUCCCUCUCUCCCCCGCCUAGGAAAGCUGAAGGGGGUAAACCGGUCGGGACAACCACGUCCGUGGCCCCAGGCCCGGCAGAGCUGCCCCCAGAGUACCUGACCAGCCCCCUGUCCCAGCAGUCUCAGGUAGUGGUCCAGGAAACAGUGCCCCCCAAACGGGACGAGGCGGCCCUGCAGGAGGAGGAGGAGCUUCAGCUGGCCAUCGCCCUAUCACAGAGCGAGGCUGAGGAGAAGGAGAGGAUGAGACAGAAGAACUCGUACGGGGUCUACCCCAAAGCUGACCCCGCCCCAGUCACCUCCUCAGCCCCGCCCGUCAACUCACUCUACUCCUCUCCUGUGAACUCCUCUGCUCCCUCAGCUGAAGAUGUCGACCCUGAGCUGGCUCGCUACCUGAACAGAACGUACUGGGAGAAGAAACAGGAAGAGGCACGUAAGAGUCCCACCCCCUCUGCCCCUGCCCCCGUACCAUUGGCUACUGAGCCCCUGCCAAUCAGCCAGCCCCAGCCAGUGGAAACUGUCGCACCACUCCCAGCACAAGUCGUCAUGGCCCCGCCUCCAGUCAACAUAGUGGAGCAGCAGUAUCAGAACGGUGAGUCGGAGGAGAACCACGAUGCGUUCCUGAAGGCUCUGCAGAACGCGGUCACCACCUUCCUGAACCGUAUGAAGAGUAACCACAUGCGUGGUCGCAGCAUCACCAACGACAGCGCCGUGCUCUCCCUCUUCCAGUCCAUCAACACCAUGCACCCCCAGCUACUGGACAUCCUCAAUCAGCUGGACGAGAAGAGACUGUACUACGAGGGUCUGCAGGACAAGCUGGCCCAGGUGCGUGAUGCGAGAGCCGCCCUGAACGCCCUACGAGACGAGCACAGAGAGAAGCUGCGUCGUGCUGCCGAGGAGGCGGAGAGACAGAGACAAAUCCAGCUGGCCCAGAAACUAGAGAUCAUGAGACAGAAGAAACAGGAGUACCUAGAGAUGCAGCGUCAGCUGGCCAUCCAGCGGCUCCAGGAGCAGGAGAAGGAGAGACAGAUGAGGCUGGAGCAACAGAAACACACCAUCCAGAUGAGAGCCCAGAUGCCUGCCUUCCCCAUGCCCUACGCACAGAUGCAGUCUUUGCCCCCCAACGUGGCAGGAGGGGUGGUGUACGGGCAGCCGGGGGGACCCCCCAGUUACCCAGGCACCUUUAGCCCCUCAGGGUCAGUGGAGGGGUCGCCCAUGCACAACGUCUACAUGAACCAGCCUGGACCAGGACAGUACCAGGCCAUGCCUCCAGACCCCAACAUGUACAUGUACCAGCCUGCAGGAACCAAUGGGCAGCCUGCACCCCCUGGCCAGGCCCCGCCCACUACUAGCCCCGCCUACUCUAACUACCAGCCCACACCCACACAGGGAUACCAGCAGAACGUGGUGUCCCAGGCCCAGUCUCUGCCCCCCAUGUCCCAGCCUCCUCCCACUAACGGUAUGUCCUACGUGGCCUACCCUCCACCCUACGCCAUGCAGAGUAUGAUGGCAGCCCUACCUGGGCAGGACCCCAACAUGCCCCCACAACAACCCUACAUGCAGGGCCCAGGACAACAGCCCAUGUACCAACAGAUGGCUCCCCCUGGUGGCCCCCAGCAGCAGGUUCAGCAGCAGCAGCCUCCGCAGGUCCAUCCAGGCAGCGAGGCACAGCUCAUCUCCUUCGACUGAUCCAUCCACCUGGCUAGCUCAACUUAACAUUACCACCUGCUGCUGGCAGGGUUCAACACACUACUACACCCUCUCUCUCCUCUUCUGUCUUCACCUUUCUCCUCUUCUGUCCUCUCUCCUCUUCUGUCCUCUCUCCUCUUCUGUCCUCUCUCCUCUUCUGUCCUCUCUCCUCUUCUGUCCUCUCUCCUCUUCUGUCCUCUCUCCUCUUCUGUCCUCACCUCUCUUCUGUCCUCUCUUCUCAUCUGUCCUCACCUCUCUUCUCCUCUUCUGUCCUCCUCUCUCUCUCUCUGCUGGGCUUGUGGCCUGGAUUCCCCAACAAACACACAUGUUUCUCACAUUGUUUCUGUUACGGCAAUGUUGUGAAAUAUUAUAGUUCUGUAACAGACAUGUUACCUCUCCUCCUAGCCAUCCUCUCUCCCCCAGCUGACAUGGCGGAUGAGAGGAGUGAGGAGGGGGUUAGGUAGUGUUACUAUGUACCAUGCGUACCCCAGGGUUGUAUUCACUAGGAACCUAGACGGGGAGGGACUACCUGAACUUAUAAGAAACACUUCCCCUUUUAAUGUGUUUUGCUACAGUGUUCUGUCCUAAUCUCACCUCUCUGUCUCUCUCUCUGUCUCUCUCUCUGUCUCUCUCUCUGUCUCUCUCUCUGUCUCUCUCUCUGUCUCUCUCUCUGUCUCUCUCUCUGUCUCUCUCUCUCUCUCUCUCUCUCUCUCUCUCUCUCUCUCUCUCUCUCUCUCUCUCUCUGAUAAUGUAUGUAGUCUUUCUCUUCUGAAACUAAUAUCUGAAGCUCAUCUAGUCAGUGGUAUAAUAAAGGAACAAAUCAAAUACAAAUGGAAUCUAAGACAAGACCAUAGCCGUCCUUUCUCAUAUUUGAAUAAGCUAGUUGCAUGUUAAAGUCGUUAUUUCCAUGAACAUGUCAGGUGUUACAGCAGUAACUGUUCUGGGGUCAUAUUGUGGUGAUUGGACAUGUUUCAUACUGCCUGAUUGGUUGACAGGGGCUGUGAGAGUGAAUGGAGAGAUGAGUGAAGGAAGAUGUAGGACGGAGCACAGAAAGCACCUCUAACAGGUUCCAGGGUUCUAGUGAGAGUGUCAGAGACACACAGAGCUCAUUUUAAAGUAUAGAUGGGUCGUCUUAUGUUGCUACGGCUUGGUGGUGUUUUUCACUAAAGCUUUUUGAGUUGAUGAUUGAGAACUUGGGAGAAAGAAAGUACCUUUUUUAUUAGGUUUUACACUUCUGACAUCUUCUCACCAAUCAGACUGGCUGAGGGGAAGCAGUAUGGGACUACAAUAGAACACUUACAUCCAGUGUGGAACUACAAUUCCCAAUAUUCACAGCUCCAGAGACCGAUUACCACCAUCACUCUCUCAAGGUGUCCCGUGUCGCAACUGUUGACAUAAUGGGUCUCUCCCAACAACUCCAUUAACCACAAUGCCUUGCAUCACACUCCAGGAGGAACUAGUGUGAAUAUUACUUAAGACUACAAACAUAGUUCCAUUGCCAAAUAUUAAUUAGCAGUUAUCCAGAGGGUUGCAGUCGGGUCAAUAUGGCUGUUUACAAAGGCAGUCCCAUUCUGAUCUUUUGACCAAUUAGUGGCAAAAGAUCUGACCUGAUUGGUCAAAAGAUCAAUUCGUGUCAAAACCCCCAGAAUGGGUCUGCCUGUAUAAACACAGCCUAUGAGCGAGUAGAGAGACCCUCUGACUGGGUGUGUCCUAAAUAGCACUCUUUUUCCAGUAUAGUGCACUACUUUUGAUAAAAGCCCUAUAGGUGUGUAUCUGUGGGUGCUGAGGUGUAGACAGGGCUGAGGUGGAGUUAUCUGUAGAGGGGGACUCUACAUUAGAUGGGCAUCCAUUUUGUUUCUGGUGCUAGUUUCAGUAAAGUUCGGUUUAAUCACAAAGCCAUUUCCUCAAUUCCUCGAUUCCUUUCCUUGGUUCUUCACUAGGAGAGAGAGCGAGGACGUAGGGGAGGGAAUCAGGCAAUCACCUUUUGAGAUCCACCCUUUCAGAGUGUCUUUUAGAACCCUGUGGGCCGGGAGUGGAGAGGUGGUGGUUGUCAGUUCUUCAGGGUAUGUGCAUGUGAUGUAACAUGUGAUGUAACAUCCACCCAAUCAGUGACUUCUUAUGGAACCCCCUUUGACGCCAUCUUUGAACUUAUUUACUUCACCAUUAAUGAUCUUCUUUCUGUCUGACUUCUUUAAAGUCAUUUUAAGAUUAUAUUUAAUAAAUAUCUUGUUCUUCUCUUGUC